AAACUUGCAAGAAACCAAUGAUUCCAGUGACCUUGUAGCAACCAUGGCAACACUUGUACGUCGAAGUGCAGGUCUUCUCAGGUCCUCGCUUGCAAGGCCUGUGCUUUUCGCUCCUGCCACCUGCAGAAUUGCACGAGUUGCUUGCCAGGCACGCGGCCUUGCAACGCAGCCAAGUGCAGGUGCCGACCAGGAUAGUUCAAAGGGCUCAGGUGAUAGUAAAGAUGCCGGUGGUGAGCGCAGGCCAACUCCGGAUAGCGUUGUGUUCACAUGGAAAUCGGCGAUUUUCACGUGCUUUGUUGGUGGAGCCUGCGUUUGGUACUACGACUAUUUGAAAGAGAAGAAACAGGCAGAGUCCCGAGCUAUCACCACACAGGAGCGGAUUGGAUCACCUCGUCUUGGUGGCCCAUUCGAGCUUUUGGACAGGAAGGGCAAUUCCGUGACAGAAAAGGACUUCUUGGGUCAGUACUUAUUGAUCUACUUUGGCUUCACAUUUUGUCCAGAUAUUUGCCCUCAGGAAAUGGAGAAGCAGAGUCGGGCGAUUGAGUUGCUAGACGAAGAGUUUGGCCCAAUUGCCACUCCAAUGUUCAUUAGUGUGGAUCCCAAGAGGGACAAACCGUCUUUGGUUGAUGAUUAUUGCAAAGAUUUUCAUCCGCGCAUUGUCGGGCUCACUGGGACGCCCGAGCAGGUCAAGAAGGUGAGUCGCGCGUACAGAGUAUACUACAAUGAAGGGUUGAAGACAGAUGACGAGGAUUACUUGGUUGAUCAUUCCAUUAUCCACUACUUUGUGGGAAAGAAUGGAAAGUUUAUCGACUUCUUUGGCAAAAACAUGACAGCGAAGGAGAUGGCCGAAAAGAUGCGUAGCCAUAUCCGAAAGGAUCAAGAGAAAAAGAGGCAGCGGCGAGAGCGUCGCGGAGUGGAAAGUCCAGAAGAGGAAGAGGACUGACGAAAACGCAAGAAGAAUCAGAUGAAGAAGACUAGUAGCUAGCAGGAAGUCCGUGCUGUGCGCAUGCGGCGGUGAAAAGAGAUGCGGUGGCAGCCUACUACAAAACUUGUGCAAUUUGAUGCAAUUUGCGUUGGCCCAAAUCUGCGGAACAUCUCCAGCCGCUUCGGCAAUUUUUGAACGGCAUAGAACACUCUUCAGAACAUUUCA